UAUUCUUGUAGAGAUUUGUGUUGUACUUUAGAAUUUCAGCCAUUUGACUCUCUCCCCUCCUAUUCCUCUCACUAGACAAAAAACAACGUAUAUUGUUAUGCACAUAACAUUGUUAUUUUUAGAGAGCUUUUCUUGAGGUAGAAAAGAGCUACUGCUUCUUCUAUGGGGUUUAACAGCAGUUUGCAUCGCAAUCUUCACUACCUACGUCCAUCAUAUUAUAUCCAUCAAUACUGUUACCCUAAGAAAGGCGGCCCCUUUCUACCCUGCUCAUUCCCACUGCAACAAAAUCUAACGACCAUGCCAAAGAGAAAAAGGUCCAAGUCCGCAAUACUCCAGUGGUCGCGGAAGCCAGAUCCUCAGCAUGCAGCGGCAUAUAAUGAAGCAGGAACUUCUACUGGUCCUCAGAGCAGCAAGUGGAUGUCUGUAAAGAUGCCAGAGGUCAGGGAUCUUUCUGAAGCUUUGCCAGAUAUGCCCAUGGAUCCAAUCACUGGAGUGGGCGUAGUAGCCUCCAGGAACAGGGCACCCACAGGAUAUGAUGUGGUCUCCACAACAACAGACGGCCUGGAUGCUGACCUUUGGAAAGAUGGCCUUUUUAAAUCCAAGGUGACCCGCUACCUCUGUUUCACUCGGGUCUUCUCUAAAGAAAAUAGCCAUUUAGGCAACGUACUGGUGGACAUGAAGCUGAUAGACAUAAAAGACACCCUGCCUGUAGGUUUCAUCCCAAUCCAGGAGACUGUUGACACUCAGGAGCAGGCCUUCAGGAAGAGACGACUCUGCAUCAAGUUUAUUCCACGGGACUCCACAGAAGCAGCCAUUUGUGACAUUCGCAUCAUGGGGCGCUCCAAGCAGGCCCCUCCGCAGUACACCUUUAUAGGGGAGCUCAACAACAUGGGAAUCUGGUAUCGCAUGGGCAACGUUCCUCGGACCCAGGAUUCCACGCACACACCCACCACAAACAACAUCCAGAAUGUGAACUCGUCCUCCAGCUCAGCCCCAGUCCCAGCUGCUCCCAUGCCCAAACAUAUUUCCAUGACACUCCCGGCCAGUUUCAGAGGGAAAAACACCACCAGACCAGACUACGAGCACCAGAACUCCAACUUGUAUGCUAUCUCAGCAAUGGACGGCGUGCCUUUCAUGAUCUCCGAGAAGUUUGCCUGCGCCUCUGAUCUGCAGCAGGUGGAUCUGAUGGGCAUCACAAUUAAGUCACUGGCUGAGGUUGAGAAAGAGUAUGAUUACAGUUUCCGCACAGAGCACAGCGCAGCCGCUCGUCUGCCCCCCAGUCCAACACGGACCUCCAUGAGCUCCGAGGCCUGAGGAACUACUGACCUGCAUACAGCCAACAGUGACCCCCUCCCUCACUCCCGCCGCCGCCGCCGCCUCUCUUAAACAAUGGUGAUGAAAUGAAAAGACGUGUGGUUGUUUUCUGCAUUCUUUUUUUUUAAAAAGGAAAGGAAACAAAGACUGAAAUACAGAGUAAGAACAGAAGUGACAACUAUGUACAAAAGGAACUAAAUAUCUUUUGGAAAUGAGAUGGAAACGCCCCCAUCAGACCUUUUUUUUGUGCUCGAUCAUAUGAUUUUAAAAACAUUUUGUGUCGUACCACAGCCCUUGUGAAGGACUUGUUAGCAACAAGAUAAAGGGAUCUUCUUGUCGUGAUGGAUGCGCCCGUCAGUGUCCUUUGCUGUCAGAGAAUGGACAGACUGUGAAAGCAGAGAGUAUUUCGGCCGUCCCGGGUCGGCACCUCCCACUUCAUGUUUUGGGAAAAACGAUAGGAAUCUUGAUUUUGUUUUCAACCUCAUACUGAUCUUCUUCAUCUGUAAGGAUCUCAUCGUUCUUUCUAUGUUACUGUGAUAAACUCGUGUGACUGUGAGUGCACUCGUGUUAGGAAAUGUCCGUGUGCUUCCCGACGCCACAGAUAUUACAUAAAAACCACUCCCUCACUGUCGGCAGCUGAGAAUAUAGAACCACUGUUAGUGUUAGUGGUAGUUCUUCAACUCUUUGAAGUGUGGUUGUAUGCAGUGCCCGCCCACUCAGUGCCCGCCUAGAGACGCGGACACUCCCCUUCAACUACGACAACUUCAGCAACAUGCUUACAUGAAUACUUAAAAGUCUGAUGUUAGCAGACGUUGGUGUUGACAUUCGUAGGUUGUUGUAGAUAUUGUAUAGUGAAAAAACGAGUUCAACACUUCUCUUGCCAUCAGGCCGCCUGUAAACUGAUGAUGUUUGGCUUCAUAAACUGCUCGGCCCUCGUUCAUAGAGAAAAUCAACUGUUUCUACACCACAGCAGCACAGUUGUUGAUCCACGUUUGAAUGUGUUAUUCUGAAAUUCUUUGGUCGGAUUUACACAAACUUACCACACGAGGCAGCAGUGGAGCAGCAGCUCCUGUGUCCCCGUGACCUUUCUUAAUGUACUGUGGUGUGAGGGUAGUUUUGGCUUGCGUCCCCCAAAAGCAGCCAUGGUUUGUCUUGCGUUGAGUGUCCGUGUCUGAGGUUGGUAUCCGCCCGGCAACAGAUGCGUGCACAGUGAAGACAGCCUUGACUUGGUGUCAUACAGCCACACUGCAAACAGACUUGACGAGCUCCUUAAAGACCACAGUACACUUUACACUGCUGGGCUUACACAUACAUAGUGUUUUGAACUAAGCUGUGAUGAUUUUUUUGUCAAAUGUAGUGAUUAGAUGGUAACACAAACAUUCUUAAUACCUUUUUGAAUAGCAACGAAUAUUAACAAGAACUAAAAAAAUCAUCUUAACUACACAUAAGAAAUGAAAAAGCAUGUUCACACAGUGCUACAACUGUGACCCAGCUGCUGUUGGAACAAACCCUCGUGAUCAAAGCAAUGCUGAACAAUUCAUUCACUGAAAUCUCACCUUACUCAAAUCCUCUUAUUCCCAUACGUGUGUUGACAUGUGAGGUGUACCACACCACACACCAACUUCAUUUACUGUUUCUGAUGUUUAAAAUGAUGCUGUCCGAGAUCACAGUGCGUUCUAUUUGUGGUCGGAACUCGGAAAUGCUGUCUCUAGUUUGUAAUAAUCUGAAAGCUUAGCAGAGAAUCAACUUCCUGUUUACACAUACAGUAUAUGCCUAGUAUACCUGAGCGGUUACGUGACAGACUCAGUUUAUUUCUGAUCGGAGCUAAAAGUUUGUCUGGAUGCAGAACACUUUUAUCAGAAAGAGCAGUUUUAAAUGGAAAAUGUAACGACAUGUAUCCUGACAGCAACUUUAACAUUUAAUGCUGCGGUCACACUGAACACAUACGCGCUGCAAGACUGUUUUUGUACUACAAGGUAGAUGGACUUCCUCUCUGACUCGUCUUUAUCGAUUAAACCUCUAGUGUCGUAGAGCUAAUGACAAAGAGACGUCACACCGUUCUCCGUUAGUUUGGAGAAUCUCGACGUUGAUUGGCUUAUGUGUUACUUUAUGAUUUUAUUGUAUUUAAUACUCUCUUCUUUGUUUGUAAACUUGGAAAACGGCGCAGCGCGUCUGAUGUGACCGCAGCAUAAAUGUGACAAGCUGUGUUUUAUUUUUCAUCCACACUGAAGCAAACUUCAUGCAUGUUUGCCACAAACCUGUCGCAACGACAGAUGUUUGAUGGUUCAGCGUGUUUCCUCUGUACUUACACAUUUUGAAUAAGUGAAAAUGAUUUUAGAAGUUUGGUUUUUAUAAAUCCAUCUUACACGUUUAGGCCACUUCCCACUCAGAACCACUACAGUUCACUUCCGAUGAUAUGGGAGUUUGCCAGUUGCCAGUUGUUCACAGUGUUCAAACACAAUAACGCUGGUGAAUUCUCUCUGCUGCAUCCUGCCCCCCCCCUGACUGUUGUCUGCUACAGUCCCAACAAUACUACUGUUGACAACAACACAUUAAACCUUCAUGUCUGUACUUUUCCCAUUUUUAAUGCUCUGUGAGGUCAAUCUCAGCGCCCCCUUCAGGCAACUUGUUACUGAGGGGCAUCAUCAUUUCCCAGACUUUUACUGUCAGUUGUUUCUUUGAACACUGACGUCGUGUCAUCCGUGUGAAAGCUAUAAUUUGACUGUUACAUAUCCACGUUAAAAUGCCCGUCUCCGCACUGAACACCAUGUAUAUGCACAAUAGUUGUUUGGAAUCUGAGAUAUUGCGCUGACUUUGUAUAUUCACUGCAAUUUUAUAUUAAAGGGAUAGUAAAGGUUUCUGUCCCUUUAAGUCAGUCAGCAGCACCAGUAUUUCCAGUGAGCGUGUUUUAUUUGUCCUUGUUCACAUCACUUGUUACAGAAGUGUCUCUGCAAUAUUAUCAAGUCAUAAAUGCAUGGAUUAACCUCCUUUUACUUUAUAUUUUUGUUUGAAUAAUGUAUUAGUCAUUACAGUAUUGUGACAGUGACCUAAAUGUAACCUAUACAGUUGUUUGGAGUGAAAAGAUAAACAGCUCAUGUGA